AUGGAUAAACAGCUGAGCUUUGAAGGUUCAUCUGCUGUCAUGAUGGAUCAAUCUCCCACUUCGUCCACAGCGGCCAUGCAUACACCUGCUUCAGCAUCGUCAACAGCCACGGCCCCAGCACCACCGCCACCACUGGCACAUCAGAAAACCAUGUCGAGCAGCAUUCACAGCGAAAAGUCAUCAAAGACACCUAGAAAGAUCAGCGCCAAAGAGGGCUUCAUGGCUAUUGUAAAGUCCUCCUGGGUAAAUGUGCUUCUGGUGUUUGUGCCAAUCGGCAUUGCUUCUCAUUUUGUGUGGUCUCCUACUAUUACUUUUAUAAUGAAUUUUUUGGCAAUCAUCCCACUGGCCAAGUUGUUGGGGUUUGCUACUGAAGACAUUGCUCUCAGAACAGGCGAGAUCAUCGGUGGUCUGCUUAAUGCAACAUUCGGAAACGCUGUAGAACUCAUCAUUUCAGUCAUCUCUUUAACCCAAAAUUUAGUCGUUGUUGUUCAAGCGUCCAUGUUGGGGUCCAUUUUGUCUAAUCUGCUUUUGGUGCUGGGAAUGUGUUUUUUUGGCGGUGGAAGUCGCUAUAGAAUACAAUACUUUAACAAGACAGUUGCACAGACAUCAGCCUCUCUACUGUUUAUAUCUGUUGCCUCCUUGCUGAUCCCAGCAUCAUUUUACGGAUCGAUUCACAAUACAAAUACAGAAACCAGUGGUGAAUUGACUCAGGACAUUUUGAACAUUUCAAGAGCUACAUCCAUCAUUUUACUGGUCCUAUACUUUUCAUACUUGUUCUUCCAGCUUAAAACUCACAACUAUUUGUUUACGGGUCCUUCUAGCCCAGAGAAUCGCAGAGCCAGCCGAAUUCAAUUGCAAGAACAGCGCCAGAGCCGUCAAGCUACUGCUGCCGAAGAAGGCCAAGCCUUUAUAAGCCCAGCCGAAGAGGAGAAGGAGGAAGAAGAAGAAGAGGAGGAGGAACCUCAGUUGCCUGCAUGGAUGUCUAUUGCUCUCUUGAUUAUUGUCACCGUGAUUGUAGGCGUUUGUGCAGAGUUCCUGGUAUCCGCUAUUGAGGAAGUAACCAAAGUGUGGCACAUUAGUGAAACCUUUGUAGGCCUUAUCCUCAUUCCUAUUGUGGGCAACGCAGCAGAGCAUCUGACUGCAGUUACGUGUGCUCUCAAGAACAAGAUGGACUUGGCCUUAGGUGUUGCUGUGGGAAGCAGCAUGCAGAUUGCACUCUUGGUGACUCCAUUGAUGGUGAUCAUUGCUUGGCCCAUGGGAGUAGAGAUGAGCCUCUUUUUCAACAUUUACGAAACUGCUGUUUUGCUGAUUGCUGUGAUUAUGGUCAACUAUUUGAUUAUGGAUGGCGAGAGUAAUUGGCUGGAAGGAUUGAUGCUUAUGGCUGUUUACAUUGUGAUAGCUAUCAGUUUCUACUAUUAUCCUGAUGAGAACACCGGCGCUUCGUCAGGUGCAUCUAAUUCCACCAUGUCUGGAUAG